AAGUUAAUUCAUUGUAGUCGCCUUGUAGCUCCCACUCCCAAACUCCCAAAUUCUCCCAAGCGGCCCAGUUCGACCCGACGCAGAAUGAAUUCGCAGCGCACUGUUAAAACGAGGUCCACACAGACGGCCCGCCAGCCGGAACCACCAAGAAUAUGUGUGCCCCUGCAGAUUGUGGAUGAUGAUGGGAAGAUGCGCUACUGCUACCAUGGCGGUAAAUGCAAAUGCGAAAACUGCCGGAUCACAUGGCAAGCUCUGCGGGACGAACUGGACCGCAAUCUGGAUGCAUUCAUUCCGAACGAUCGCCUCAAGCUGGAACCGGGCAUCCGCCACGCCAAACAGAAGCCAUACAGACUGGACGCAACUCGCGUUUCACCCGAAAUGGAGAAAAUGUUACUCGAGGAUCACGUUAAGCUUACGACGGAAAUUCCGAUUUAUUAUCUACCCGACAAAUAUUAUGUUAAGAAUGCUUGGCGACUUGAGGGUCCCCAGCAGAAGGGCACUCAAACCGAAAUAGUCAUUGGCGGCUUCGGUAUCGACGGUUGUCCCUGUCCGGACAAGACUGUUUGCUGGGACAUCUAAUUAUUUAACAAAAACAAAAACAAAAUCAAUAACUAUUUGAAUAAAUGGGUUGGGAUGCAAAAACUAA